GGCACUGAACGUCGCAUAACUACCCGAUGUGAUUGACAGCCAGUGGGAGGAUCCUAUGAAGCGAAGAAUGCUGAGUCAUGGAGACGUCACCCCGUUCUCCGCUCCGCCUGACGGCAUCACGUGUGUGAAACCGGGAGGGCGUUCAUAUGUUCAACACAUAGCCGACUCUGAGGCAGACUGGCUUGGCAACAACGACAUACAGUACGUACCGGUUCACGUCGCUGUCAUUCCAUCACAGAGCUCCACAGCCUCAGGGUGUAGCCGUCAACGGAGCAGAGGCUAACGGGAACCGGUGGGCUCUUCGGGUUUUUCCGGAGCAGCAGCGGUAGCAGCCUCUGGUGUGCUUUACUGAGCUAACCAGACAUUAGCAAGUGAUGAGCAGGGGCCUUCCUCAUGUGGAUGCCCAGCUAAGGUUACCGACAGGUCACUCUGCUUAGCAACACCACGAGACUUAACAUCAGCGUGUGAAACCCUCUGAUAGCCCCGGUGGGAUCCAGACUCCUCCGUUAGGUAGACUUCAUGCUAGCUCUGCACGAGUUGGACAAACUAGCUAGCUAGCUAACGCUCUGCGUGCAAGUUUUAUAUAAAGCAUCCAGCAAGAGAGACACCAGCCAGCCGUCGGUUUACAUCUCUAGCCUGUGAGUGCGAUGGGUUUACUGUCACAGGGGUCUCCACUGAACUGGGAAGAAACCAGGAAGUAUGCUGACCACAUCAGAAAGCACGGGAUCAUUCAGUUUCUUAACAUCUACAACAAGGUGAAGGAACGGCAGAAAGAUGUGCUCAAAUGGGGGGACGAGGUCGAGUACAUGUUGGUGGAGUUGGAUGACAAAGACGAGAAAGUUCGAAUCGUCCUGAAUGGUGGAGAUGUGUUGGAGACUCUCCAAGAGCAGGGCGAAAAGAUAAACCCCAAUCACCCCACACUGUGGAGACCAGAGUAUGGCAGCUACAUGAUCGAGGGGACUCCAGGACAGCCGUACGGAGGGACCAUGUCAGAGUUUAACACGGUGGAGGGAAACAUGGGGAAGAGACGACGAGAGGCCUCAUCAGUCCUGAACCAGAAUGAAACACUCUGCACCAUCACCUCAUUCCCAAGGUUAGGUUGCCCAGGUUUCACCAAACCGGAGCACCGACCGACUCCUGUUGAAAAGGGAGUGUCAAAGUCGCUGUUUUUCCCUGAUGAAGCCAUCAACAGACACCCGAGAUUCAGCACCCUCACAAGAAACAUAAGACACAGAAGAGGAGAGAAAGUUGUGAUUAAUGUGCCAAUCUUCAAAGAUAAGUGCACCCCAUCCCCGUUUGUAGAGGAGUUUCCAGAGGACGACGGUGAAGCAGCAAGGGCCGCUCUGCCUGAUCACAUCUACAUGGAUGCCAUGGGCUUUGGCAUGGGCAACUGUUGUCUGCAGGUGACAUUCCAGGCUUGUAGCAUCGACGAGGCGAGGUACCUUUAUGACCAACUGGCUACAUUCUGCCCCAUCGUGAUGGCACUGAGUGCAGCUUCGCCCUUCUACAGAGGCUUCGUGUCAGAUAUUGAUUGUCGCUGGGGAGUUAUUUCUGCCUCAGUGGAUGAUCGGACGCAGGAGGAACGUGGACUCAAGCCUUUGAAAAACAACAAAUACAGGAUCUUCAAGUCGAGAUAUGAUUCGAUCGACAGCUACCUGUCCAGCUGUGGUGAGAAGUAUAACGACAUCGAUCUGACAAUAGACGAGGAGAUCAACAAGCAGCUGCUUGAUGCAGGAAUUGACAAGCUUCUGGCCCAGCACAUAGCACACCUCUUUAUCCGCGAUCCGCUGUCAGUGUUUGAGGAGAAAAUUCACCUGGAUGAUGAAAACGAGUCUGAUCACUUUGAGAACCUACAGUCGACUAACUGGCAGACAAUGAGGUUCAAACCUCCACCUCCAAACUCUGAUAUCGGCUGGAGAGUUGAGUUCCGACCCAUGGAGGUGCAGCUGACUGACUUUGAAAACGCUGCUUACGUCGUCUUUGUUGUCCUGCUCACCAGAGUGAUCUUAUCCUAUAAACUGGACUUUCUGAUUCCUCUGUCAAAGGUUGAUGAGAACAUGAAGGUGGCCCAGAAGAGAAAUGCUGUCCAGGAGGGUAUGUUUUACUUCAGGAAGGACAUCUUUAAAGGCUGUAACCCAGGCCUUGAUGGUGCCGCUUCUGCUCAGAAUGGCAUAGAGACAGAUGGCACGAAUGAGGAGUACACGCUGAUGAGCAUCGACACCAUUAUCAAUGGAAAGGAGGGGGUAUUUCAGGGGCUCAUCCCGAUCCUGAACUGCUAUCUGGAAAACAUGGAGGUUGAUGUGGACACCAGGUGCACCAUUUUGAACUACUUAAAGCUCAUCAAGAAACGUGCCUCAGGUGAGCUGAUGACCAUGGCCAGGUGGAUGAGGGAGUUUGUUGCAAAGCACCCGCAGUACAAACAGGACAGCGUCCUCACUGACAACAUCAACUACGAUCUCUUCAAGAAGUGCGACAAGAUAGCAAAAGGCGAGGAGCAGUGCCCGGAGCUCAUUGGAAACCCAGUCAACAGGUUCAAAUGAGAAGCCCUGCAGAAUGGCAGCAUCAAAUACAAACUCGCAUGUGAAGAGAGACCAAAUGUGUGGCUGAGAGCAGCAGUGGUCCAAUUUAAGAGAAUGCUAAACGACAGGUGUGUAUGUAAGAAUCACACCUGUAUCUAAUGUAUGUGUAUAUACUGUACCAGAUUUUUAUGAUUACAGAAUUAUUUUAAUAGGCUGAAGACAUGCAAAAGGUUAUGUAAUAGAAAUCAGAUGUGUAUUUAUUUUUCUCUGGAAAUUAAGGCUGUGAGAGAAUGUAAAUGUAGCUAAGAGAUGUACAGUAGUCUGCUUUUAAUCGUGUCUUCUGUAAAUACUGUACGUCUGCUCUUGAAAGUAUUAACACCAAGGGGGUCGUUUUGUUUUUCCUGCAGCAUAUGACCUUUCUUUGCUUUGGUAGAUGUUCUUUUCUGCAUUUUAUGAGAAAUGUUUGCUUUGCUGACAUUGUAGUGGGACCUUGAAGAUAGUGUUGCAUUCAUAUGAACCAUUGUUUGCAAUGUGAUGCUGCUUAACAAUAAAUCUGUAAAACAGUAACAAA